AGACUCUGCGGAGGAGCCUGGCGGAGGAGGAGAUGCAGGCCGGCCCGGAGGAAAGAGAUCGGAUGCAGCAUCUGGAAGGAAAUUAGCAGUGCAGUGCCAUUUCGACCUCAACUAUGUCUGGCACAGCGGAUGAAACGUCGGAAGAUCUUCCUGUGAGAGACGUAGGUCUCGCAGGACAUUCAGAUCCAUCAACCGCCCAGAAUGUUAAGGCUCGGCAAACUGUGUCGCGAAUUCACCGGGAGGACCUUGAAGAUCGAUACUUUCGCUUACACGAGGAGAACAUCUUGCUGAAGCAACAUGCCCGUAAGCAAGAGGAUAAAAUUAAAAGAAUGGCCACUAAGUUAAUACGGCUCGUUAAUGACAAGAAGAAAGCGGAGCAGAUCAGUGGCGGCCCCAGGCGGCUGGGUCAGGACGUGGAGAUGGAGGAGGUGAUCGAACAACUUCAGGAGAAAGUCCGGGACUUAGAAAAGCAGAACGAAAUGAUACGCAACAGGCUGAUUUCUACCAAACAGCAACUUCAGCUUCAAGGCCACAGACCCGCGCCCUACAAUUAUGUCCAGGCUCGGGUUAACACAGGACUCAAGAAGGCGACUGAAGGUGUGAGGGUCCAUGAGGCCACCACGAAAGGGAUGAGAUUGCAGAACGCAGAAGAAUUGCCUCCCAAGUAUGGACACAGUUUACUUGAAGAAGCAAGAGCAGAGAUAAAAAACUUAGAGAAUGAGCUGGAAUCACUCCGGGGACAGAAUCAAGAGUUGGUCCUUGCGAUCGAAAUGCUGAGAAGUGAAAAAAAGAAAAAAGAAGACGAGUUCGAAGCCUCUCUCCUCCAACUGAAAGAGCAGCAAGCCACAGGCCAACGGCUAUGCAUUCGAGACAACGUAGAGAUGAUCAAGCUCCACAAACAGCUUAUAGAGAAAACCAGCGACUUUGCAGCAUUGGAAGAAAAGUUGCUUCAGCUUCAGGAGAACCAGAAGAAUCUCAAGACAAGCCACGAUGCCCUAAUAGCCAAGGGGGAAGAACUGAAUUUGCAACUUAAAGAAGAACGUUCAAAGUGCCUUCACCUAGAGAGAGAAUUGCAGGCCACCACAUUUUCGAGACGAAGAUUAGAAGAGCUGCAAGACAGAAUUAAUGAUCUGGAAAAAGAGAGGGACCUUUUAAAGGAAAACUAUGAUAAAUUAUAUAACAGUGCCUUCGGAGUGACCCACGACCAGCAGUGGAAGCUGAAGGAGCAGCAGCUGAAGCUGCAGAUCGGUCAGCUCGAGGCGGCUUUAAAGGCAGAUUUAGCCGAAAAAAGCAAUAUCCUGGACAGAAUCAAAAUGGAACGAGACCAAACUGAAAAGCUGUCCCAGGAGAAUCAGGAGCUACGAAUGCGCUGUCUUGAGCAGAAGCAACAGCUGGAAGAGCUGAAGGCCCGCGUGAAUUUUUUCACCAAGGAGAAUGAUGUCGAUAUGACCGAACUCAAUGAGGCUCUCACACUUCUGAAGGUUCAUAGACAGCAAGCAAGUGGAAACCUCGGGUUUUUGGAGAAAGUACAAGAUGACAGCCAUAAGGAUUUAGAGCGAUCCCUGCGUGAUCUUCAGGCAGUUCAUGCAGAAACUGUUCAAGAACUUGAAAAGACACGCAAUAUGUUAAUUGUGCAGCAUAAAAUUAACAAAGACUAUCAGGCGGAAGUGGAAUGCGUGACACGAAAAAUGGAGGCCUCGCAGGAGGAUUAUGAGUUCAAACUGGAACAGUACGUCCACCUCCUUGACGUUAGAGCUGCCCGUAUCAGAAAAUUAGAAGCCCAGCUGAAGGAUAUCGCUUACGGUACCAAACAGUACAAGUUUCGACCAGAGAUGAUGGCUGACGAGCCUGCGGAUGACUUUGACGAAACGGCUCAUUUGGAAAGAGGAGAGAACCUCUUUGAGAUCCACAUCAGCCGGGUGGCAUUUUCCCCAGAAGCGGCCGCAUCUUUCGGUGACCAAGAGCCCGCCACGUUCUGUACUUACGCCUUCUACGAUUUCGAACUACAGACCACUCCGGUGGUCCAAGGGCUCAGCCCGGCCUACAAUUUCACAUCGCAGUAUCUGGUGCGGGUGGACGAUUGCUUUUUGCAGCACUUGCAGAAGAGCGCCACCACCCUGGAAAUCCACCUCGCUCACGGCGUAGACUUUGAAACGGCGGGGGCUUGCCAGCUGAGAUUCCACGAAAUUCUGGAAAAAAACGGUAGAAUCUGCGGUUCCGCCAUCUUGGUUGGCGUUGGAAGAGAAAUUCAAAAUUACGGCACCGUGGAAUAUUGGGUCAGGUUAAGAGUUCCCAUGGACCAAGCGAUCAGACUGUACAAGGAACGGGCAAAAGCCCUUGGCUACAUCACAGCAAAUUUAAAAGAUCAAGCAAGUAUCAGGGGUUCUUCUAGACCAGCACUCAAUCCUCUCCAAGGCAGCCCUUCAAUAGAUGGAAACUUAAAUGAGCUCCAUAUUACAGUAAAAAGUUGUAACGAUUUGCCGGGCCGAAAGACCGACCUCCAGCCAAGUCCUUACGUGGUUUAUAAGUUCUUUGACUUUGCCGAUCACGAUACGGCCAUCGUUCCCAGCAGCAACCAACCUCAGUUUGACGACCACACGGGCUUCCCGGUGCCAAUGAAUGCUGAUCUCGACCGUUAUCUGAAAUCCGAAUUUUUGAAUCUCUACGUCUUUGAUGACGGGGAAACAGAAGAGGGGGCUUACCUAGGAAAAGCAAAUGUUCCUUUAAUUUCAUUGGCCCAUGGUAAAUCCAUUUCAGGGACUUUUGAAUUAACUGAUUCUGAAGCUUGUCCCGCUGGGACAGUCAACAUUGAACUGAAAUGGAAGCUGACUUACCUUCAGCCAGCCAGCUCCAUUGUAGCAACAAACCUCACAGAUUACAUCCAGAACGAGAAACCAGUGAAGGGGCAAGGAGAAGGUCCACUGCUGCCUCCAUCUUUCUCAUCAGUGAUGAGGCCACAGCCUAAGCCGAGACAGCGCUUGGCUGCGGUGGACAAGAAAGUCUGUUUUGUAGAUAUGGACCCGUUGCCAAAUUCAAGUCCCAUUCCUGAAAAAGAAGAUAAAAAGAGCUUGCAGAAAGACGAAAAGCCUGUACUUUUAAAUCGUCCAGAGGCCCUACGAGAAACAGAUGCUGACGGCGGACCAAGCAAACCACCUGCAGCCGAGAUGCCCCAAGAACAGGAGGAUCUCUCUCAGCUGUCGGAAGGUCAGCUGGCUGACCAGAGUUCAGUUACUUCAGAAGACCAGACUGAAACCGAGGAAGUGGAAACAGAAGAUCAGGAGGACCAACAGGCCACCGCUGAAUCAGUUACCGACAGUGAUGACUGUGUGAUUCCAAGUUCAGCGUCCUCAAGUCUUAUUCAGACUGCGGAAAGAAUCCGAAUCGAAAUAGUGUCGCUCAGCCUCACGGACCGCCAGAUUUUGAUGGAUGAGAUGAUCCAGCAGCUUUUCAUAGAGUCCAAGUUCUCCAGUUUCAAAACAACCGAAACUCGCGUGGCGCUACCAAAACCCAGAAGCGGGCAACGGGUGUAUUAUAACUACAGCCAUGUAAUAUAUGUGGAUCAAGCCAAGCACAAAGCAAGGUGGGAUUAUCUCAAGGCUGUACUUUGUGGAUCUGAGCCCAGACAUGGAAGUAUACGAUUUACAGUGGUCAGUGACCCUCCGGAGGAUCAGCAGGAUCUGGACUGUGAAGAUAUUGGCUUUGCUUACGUGAGUUUAAGCCAGAUCUUCCAGCAAAGGCAAGACCUUAUUGACCGAGACAUUGAUGUUUUCAAUUUGCAAGACGACAGAGUGGUGAUCGGGAAGCUGAGAGUGACGGUGGAAGCCUUGGCGGCCCUCAAUUCAGUCUGGAAGAAACGCGGAAAGGCCCAGGAACCCUGAACCUGGAGGCCUGGGCCUGUCCGGUGGAAAGCAAGAGAAGAUAGUACCUUAUAUUUAAAUGUAUAAUUUGUAUGUAAAGCCUGCUGGGUUUGCGGUGUAAAGUUUGUAUAUUUUUGCCUCCUCGGUUUGAACGGAUGUUUUUCGAUUUCUCUCCGUCUGUCCCCAGCCCAGGGCUAUCAUUCCGGCCCAUCAGCCUGAAAAUAAUUAAUAUCCACGUGAUUGAACGGUGGACCUUUUUGUUAAUUGGAUAUAUGUAUAUACAGAGAGAGAGAGAGACUUUUGUCUAGUGUGUGUGUGCAUGUGUGUGUGUGUAAAUAUAUUCCACAUACAAAAGUCAUGAAAAAUCAAGUAAUUGUAUAAUAAUACUACUAAUAAUAAUAAUGCACUUAAGCCUCAGAAAACUGAUUAAAAAUACCUCUAUGUUAUCCCUAAUCACACCCCACUAAAUGGAAUGUAUGCGAUUAGCCUCAUUAAGAAUUUUAUACUGCAAAGCUUUUAUUAGAAGCAAUAUAUGAAAAUUACUUGGAUAAAUGUGUUAAUCUGCCUCUUUAAAAUGCUAAUAUCCAUUUUAUGCACAUUAAGUCUCAGUAUGCGUUUUCUUUGAUGCAUGCCAUUUCUAUCAAUUAAAUACAAAGAAUGAGGCUAGUCCCCAGAUUUAUUAAAUUACUGC